UGGUGUGGGGGGGUGGGUGUCGUCUGGUGCCCCGCCUUGCGUUAACACUGACUCGAUGCAAUCGGCCACUGAGCACCACGGAGGGGGCUCUUUUUUUUUUUUUUUUUUUCCUCCCGGGUACCGUGAAACGUGCACAGUCGUUAUCACCUCCGGGUCUGCGCCCCCUCUCAAAGUCCAACGGUCGAUGUCCUCCUCGCCAUCGGUUCUGCUGCACGGAGCGCCGCCACUCUGCACCCGGGCUUCCGACGCCCGCUGACACGAGCAGAACACGUUACCGAAAACAAGAAGGGAGCCGAGUUGAGCCGGUGCUGUGUCGCAGUCAUGUCGGGACGGCCGAGGUUCGAGAGCCCGUUCCAGAGACCCGGAUGUCUGGCGGCCGCGGCCCCGGCGGGGAAGGUCCAGUUCACGCACCCGGGGAAGGCGAUCCUGGCCGGCGGGAUAGCAGGCGGCAUCGAGAUCUGCAUCACCUUCCCCACCGAGUACGUGAAGACCCAGCUGCAGCUGGACGAGAAGGCCAACCCCCCCAAGUACAAAGGCAUCGCGGACUGCGUGAAGCAGACGGUGGACGGACACGGGGUGAAAGGUCUGUACAGAGGACUGAGCUCUCUGGUGUACGGCUCCAUCCCCAAGGCCGCUGUCAGAUUCGGGGUGUUUGAGUUCAUCAGCAACAAGAUGCGCGACGAAAACGGGAAGCUGGACAGCAAGCGAGGCUUCCUGUGCGGCCUCGGCGCCGGCGUGGCGGAGGCCGUGUUCGUGGUGUGUCCCAUGGAGACGGUGAAGGUGAAAUUCAUCCACGAUCAGACAUCAGCCAACCCGAAGUACAAAGGAUUCUUCCACGGAGUGAGGGAGAUCAUCAGGGUAGAAGGGCUGAAGGGGACGUACCAAGGCCUCACCGCCACGGUGCUGAAGCAAGGCUCCAACCAGGCCAUCCGCUUCUACGUCAUGACCUCCCUGAGGAACUGGUACAAAGGCGACGACACCGGCAAGGCCAUCAACCCUCUGAUCACCGGACUGUUCGGCGCCGUGGCCGGCGCCGCCAGCGUCUUCGGGAACACGCCGCUGGACGUCAUCAAGACCCGGAUGCAGGGUCUGGAGGCUCACAAGUACAAAAGCACGAUGGACUGCGCCGUGAAGAUCAUGAAGCACGAGGGCCCGAUGGCGUUCUACAAAGGUACGGUGCCCCGGCUGGGUCGGGUCUGCAUGGACGUGGCCAUCGUCUUCAUCAUCUACGAGGAGGUGGUGAAGUUCCUCAACGUGGUGUGGAAGACGGACUGAGGGAGACUCUGAUUCGGGGCAGAUGGGGAUCGGUGUGUUCUGUGGGUUUUAUUUAUGACGGAAGUGGGAAGCGAAAGAAAAGCUCCACACGCCGCUUAAACUUAAACCUCUUUUUCUUUACCGUUUUUUUUUUUUUUCUUAAAUUCCGACAGGGGGAAAAGUUCCUUAAGAGCUCAGGGAAAAAGGAGCGAGGCGUUGACUUGAGAAACGGGAACAAAGUCAGUGCAGACAAACCCUUUUAUAGAGUUAAUAUAAAGCAAAGCCAACACCCGACAAAAUGUGAUUGAGACACUGUAGACCAAGAAGUUAUACUUGAAACGAGCGAUUAUCCCACAGAGGAACGAUUUAGAAGCCCUUUUUAUAUGCAAGAAAUAGAUUCUUUUUCUAAAAGACUUCAUUCAGGAUGUGAUGAUGUAGUUCAUGUUCAGAUGUGUUAAGAUCUAAAUGCCUUAAAUCCCAAAUGUCAGAUGAAUGAAGGUCGCAGGAUUCAUUUUAAUUCAUUUUGUGACGCAACUGCAGUCGAAAUGCACAUUUCCACUAAACCGUUGAGGUGUUUGAUUUUAAGUUGCAGAGACGUUUUAACUCAAAUGACUUACGAGCUACGAUGAUAUAAAAAAAAAGUGCCUGUGUAUUGAUUUUGUGAUCUUUUUGAGACAAAGAAUGGUUGAAUGUUGUUGUCACUACAGACGUUUUAAUGAUGGUGCCGGAUGUUUAAUUCCAGGUUUCUGAGGUGUUAAAUUGUCUUAUUGCAUAGACAUGCCUGUUUGAAAAGUGCCAUUAAUAGUGCCUUCUGUCUCAUUCCAGGAAGGAAGAGUUCUUGACGAUAGAUUUUGUUGCAGAUUCUGAACUUUAAUUUUUUGCCUUUUUACUUUUUACACCAGCUGACGAGCCGAUGUGCCGAUGUUUAGACUGGCGUUUUGUAGCUUGUAAGUCUUACAUGUAAUGCUGCCAGUUGCUUUACAAAUGUUUACUCCAGCUUGCAAACAUUUAGACUCAAUGAAAAAGAGCUAUUUAAAUAUCUAAGACAUAAAAACUAUGCCAGUCAUUAAAACAGAGUAUUAUGCUUUCAGUCCAAUUAGUUCUAAUACGUAAACACAAUAAAACAUUUGAUCAGACCGUU